AUGAGUGAACAGAGCAAUAAUCCCGAGGAUUUCGCGCAGGUUCUCUGCGCCGAAUUGAGUCUUGGAGGGGAAUUCCGGGCGAUCAUCCCUUAUUCAAUUCGUGGUCAAUUGAAUUGGAACCAAAAGACGUGCGCUUUCUCUGAGUCUCCGCUUCCCACUGUUGAUGGUUCGUUCAGAAAUCCAUCGGAUUGCGAGCAAUGGGGUCCAUUCUUGGAAACGUUAACCGAUGCGGAGAUUGAGAAAAAGAUGCGCGAUCAGGACAGAAAUGCGAGAAGAAUGCGACGGCUUGUCGGCAAAAUAACUUUUAUUAUCUCA